AUGGUCCCAAUAAAUCCAAAAAUAAAGUUUGGGUCCCUUGUAGCAUUAGUUUUCAUACCACUUGCGGCUCUUGAUGUCGGAAAAUAUCCUUGGCUGGAACAGAUUUCUAGACAGGAACAACUCAAUUCAGGUUGUGACAACUUGGAUGCGAAAUUCAAGAAGAAAUUGAAUUAUAGUGAAUUAGAUCAUAUUUUGGUUGACCAUAAUUUUAAGUUACUUUAUUGCUAUGUUCCAAAAGUUGCCUGCACUAACUGGAAAAGGGUUUUAAUGGUGCUUACGGGAGAAUACAACGUCACCAACUUGCUAGACAUUCCAUCAUGGCAGGCCCAUUCUGAACAUUCCACAGUGAAGCUUUCCGAAUUGGCAGAGGCAGAUAUUCAAUCUUGCCUCAAUAAUUAUACACUGUUCUUGGUUACAAGACAUCCCUUCGAAAGAUUGCUCUCUGCAUAUACCAAUAAAUUUUUGGACGGUUACUCAAGUUCGAAAUAUUUCCAGCAGCGGUACGGCCGGCACAUAAUAAAAACCUUCCGAUCGCACCCGACCGCAGCCGAGAUGGCCAGUGGCGCGAACGUCACUUUCCGCGAGUUUGCGCACUACCUCAUGAAGGAGGGCCCCACCACCAACGAGCAUUGGGCCCCCGUCAACGAUCUGUGCUCGCCCUGCGCGCUGAAUUACUCUUUCGUCGGCAGACACGAGACCAUCAUGGAGGACGCCAGGGCCGUGUUGGAUAUGGUGGGGGCGCCGCACAUCGUGUUUCCAGUCACGAGGUAUGCAAAAACAAAGGAGAGGCUGAAGUAUUUCUUCCAGCAACUGUCGAUUCAUGAAAUCGAGACGAUUUAUAAGCUCUAUGAAGCUGACUUCAAGCUGUUUGGGUACGGCUUGGAGGACAUUUUAGGUUAUGAUCUUGCCUGA